GUUGGCGACGCUGACGGAGUUGCACUUGCGCAGAAGCUGUAUAAACUUGUGGCCACGUUACGUUUUUGGGGAAUGUGCUUUGACGUUUGAUAGUAAACAUCAGUAUUAAUUGAAAGUGAUAAUGCCUCUGAGACUGGACAUAAAACGUAAGCUGACAGCUAGGUCAGACCGUGUGAAAUGUGUGGAUUUGCAUCCAACAGAACAGUGGAUGCUAGCAUCACUGUACAAUGGAAAUGUUCAUGUCUGGAACCAUGAAAGCCAACAGCUUGUAAAAUCUUUUGAGGUCUGUGAUCUGCCAGUAAGGGCAGCGAAGUUUGUGCCCCGGAAGAACUGGAUUGUGGCAGGUUCAGAUGAUAUGCAAGUUCGUGUAUUUAAUUACAAUACUUUGGAACGUGUUCAUGCUUUUGAGGCUCAUUCUGAUUAUGUCAGAUGUAUUGCUGUUCACCCAACUCAGCCCUACCUUCUGACCAGCAGUGAUGACAUGCUGAUCAAGUUAUGGAACUGGGACAAGCAGUGGUCGUGUCAGCAAGUGUUUGAAGGCCACACUCACUAUGUAAUGCAAAUUGUUAUAAACCCAAAGGACAACAACACUUUUGCCAGCGCAUCGCUUGAUCGCACUGUUAAGGUGUGGCAGUUGGGCUCAUCAACACCUAAUUUCACUCUGGAAGGCCAUGAGAAGGGUGUGAAUUGUGUUGAUUAUUACCAUGGUGGCGAUAAGCCGUAUUUGAUUUCUGGAGCAGAUGAUCGUCUUGUUAAGAUCUGGGAUUAUCAAAACAAAACUUGCGUUCAGACAUUGGAAGGACAUGCACAGAAUAUUUCUGCAGUUUGCUUUCACCCAGAACUUCCAAUUGUACUCACUGGCUCCGAGGAUGGCACAGUUCGUAUCUGGCACGCUGGCACCUACAGAUUGGAAUCAUCCCUUAACUAUGGGCUCGAACGAGUGUGGACUAUUGCUUGCAUGAGGGGUUCCAACAGUGUGGCACUGGGGUAUGAUGAAGGAAGUAUCAUGGUCAAAGUUGGACGAGAGGAACCUGCUGUUUCGAUGGAUGCAAGUGGAGGGAAGAUAAUUUGGGCCCGCCACUCCGAAGUGCAACAGGCCAACCUUAAAGCAAUGGGGGAAGGUGCCGAGAUCAAGGAUGGGGAGAGACUGCCUCUCGCAGUCAAGGAUAUGGGAAGCUGCGAUAUAUACCCACAGACCAUUGCCCACAACCCAAAUGGAAGGUUUGUUGUUGUGUGUGGUGACGGAGAAUACAUAAUUUAUACUGCCAUGGUCCUGCGGAACAAAGCCUAUGGAUCAGCACAGGAAUUUGUGUGGGCUCAAGAUUCAUCUGAAUACGCUACCCGUGAGGGUAAUUCCACUGUCAAAGUAUUCAAGAACUUCAAGGAGAAGAAGGCCUUUAAACCAGAAUUUGGAGCUGAAGGAAUAUUUGGUGGAUUCUUGUUGGGUGUGCGCUCAGGGACAGGACUAGCAUUCUAUGAUUGGGAAACACUGGAGUUGGUGCGUCGCAUUGACAUCCAGCCUCGGCAUGUGUUCUGGUCAGAAAGUGGAGAACUUGUAUGUCUUGCUACAGAAGAGAGCUACUUUAUACUGAGGUACGAUUCCAGUGUUGUGGCACGGGCCCAGGAGACCAAGGAGGGACUGACAGAGGAUGGCAUUGAGGAGGCAUUUAACGUCCUUGGUGAGACACAUGAGUCCGUUCGAACUGGCUUGUGGGUUGGUGACUGCUUUAUUUACACAAAUGGUGUGAAUCGUAUCAACUAUUAUGUUGGAGGAGAGAUAGUUACUGUGUCACAUCUCGACCGCACAAUGUACCUGCUAGGAUAUGUGCCACGUGACAACAGGCUGUACUUGGGAGACAAAGAACUCAAUGUUGUGUCCUACUCGCUUCUUCUCUCUGUGUUAGAAUAUCAAACAGCAGUUAUGCGAGGUGACUUCGAAACUGCUGAUAGAGUGUUGCCAACUAUUCCACGAAAUCAACGAACAAGGGUAGCACACUUCUUAGAAAAGCAGGGUUUUAAGAAGCAGGCCCUGGCAGUGUCUACUGAUCCCGAACAUAAGUUUGAGCUUGCACUUCAGUUAGGAGAACUGCAAACAGCCCAUUCACUUGCACUCGAGGCAGCCUCUCAGCAAAAGUGGCGUCAGCUGGCAGAAUUGGCCACAACACGAGGAGAACUUGAUCUUGCACAGGAAUGUCUUCAUCAUGCACAAGACUAUGGUGGACUUCUCCUGCUUGCUACAUCAUCAGGUGAUGCUGAAAUGGUUAAGAAAUUAGGAGAAACAGCAGACUCAACAGGAAAGAACAACGUGGCCUUUUUGUCUUAUUUCCUGCUGGGUGAUGUUCACAGAUGUCUGGAGAUACUCAUUAACACUGACAGGCUUCCAGAGGCCGCAUUUUUUGCUAGAUCAUAUAUCCCAAGUCGCAUCUCGGAAGUUGUAGCAUUGUGGCGAGAGAGUCUUUCACGGCUAAAUGAGAAGGCGGGUCAGUCACUUGCUGACCCAAAGGAUUAUGAGAAUCUAUUUCCAGGAUAUGCAGAAGCAUUGAAAACAGAACAGUUCUUGAAAUCAGAGCGUCAGCAAUUAUUACCAGCAUCUGAAUACCCAAAUAUUCCACCAAACUUUGAAAGAAAUGCAAUUGAGGAAAUGCGUGCUGCUGAGGCUGCUGGAAAGUUCCACUACAUUCCCCCAGGAGUUGGUGUAGAAGAUGAAGUUGGUGCUGCCAUUAUACCAGUAGGUAAAAAGGACACUGACACUGUACCUGUUGUGCCACUGUCAGAGAAUAUUCCAGCAAAGACCAAGACACAAAGUGAGUGCCUAGAAGAUGAACUGGAUUUAGACCUGGAGUUGGACAUUGGGAGUGUGGAUGUUAAUAUAGAUGAAGAUUUACUGCUUGAAGAUUGAAAGGAUACCAGUGAACUGGACAGAAUACUUAAGACUUCCACUCACAUUUGAGAUGUGAAAAACAUAUAUUAUGCAUUUUUAUUGUGUAUGUAAUAUUUGUUAAUAUCAAUGUGAUGUUAAGAUGAAGAACAACAAGCUGAGACAUCUUGCUGGAGAAAAAUAAGAGAGAGAUAUAUAUUUGUUGGAACCAACAAACCAGAUACUACCUAAAUAUUUACCAUACUCAUAUGUUUUAUUUUUCUGUCAUAUAACAAAGCCUGCAUUGUUUCUGUCUUCUCAUAAUGUGCCCUUUCUGUCCAGUUUUUCCAUCUUGAAUCUAUGUCUUCUCCUAUAAGCACAUUUAUUAUUGUAUGUUUCUUCAAUAUUUCCAUAUACCCUUUGUUCAUUUUCCUGCACUUGGUCUUUGUGUUUGUGUUGGUACCACUGUAAAGGAUAAUCUGUGACAGUAACCGUUAGCUGUUUAAUGUGUUUUAACCACAGAAUUUUUAUUGAGAUAUUAGGCACAUGGCACCCAAGUAAGAUAAUAAUUUCCUACAUUUGGUCUACGGUUAAAAUACUUUUAGGAAUGAGGUUGAGUUUCAUGUAAAGUGAGAAUUAUAUUGGACCAAUAUGAAUCAAAAUUAAGGCAUCCCCCACCAGUACCAAAUUUGACUAAAAUCUAUUGAAUUGUUUUAAAUAUAGGUGAUGUCACAGUCCUUUUCCAUGACUUUGCUUUUGUUCUGCUGUUUAUGUUGUAAGUAAUUACAACUGAGAAUGUUGUAAAUUGCGUCAAGUAAAUUAUUAUUAUUAUUAUUAUUAUUUAUUUCAUCCAUAGCUGUAGAUAAUUACAAUUGGACAUGUCAAAUAUCAACAACUUCACAUCAAAAAUAACAUAAGUAAAGAAAAACCUUCACAUAGUGAUUCAUCGCUACAAUACAGCAAUACAUCUCAAAAAUACAUCUUUAACUUAAUUUAAGAAUGUAAAUACUCCAAAAAAAGACAUAAGAAUAAAUAUUUUAAACAUA